AAGGUGCAAUCAACUUUCCCUCAUGACAUUGAAAGAGCUGUGAGCUAUACAACAAGAAAACCUAGGUCAGACGAAGUGGAAGGAGUUCAUCACUUCUUUGUGCCUUCCAAUGAAACAAUGAAAGAAAUGAUGAAAGAUCACAUGUUUUAUGAAAUUGUACAGAUAGGAAAUGAUUAUUAUGGAAAUGCAAAGAGUGAAAUUGAUUCUAUACUGGAAAAAGACAAGGUUUGCCUUGUGUUUGCUAACUUGAAAGGAGUUCAACAAUUACAAAUGAUUUUCAAAGAACAAAAUAUCAAUACUGCCACAGUUUAUGUCAAACCUGUCACCACA